AUGGAGAGCGUCGCUAGCUCCGGCGGCGUCAAGCGCAAACACAAGGAGAACGCCUUCACCGCCAAGGCUGAGACGGGCACACUCAAGGUCAAGAUCCUGCGGCGGGACCAGCGCCAUGCAGCCAACGCGCCGCUGGACGCGGCGACUAACAAGACCAAGGGCCGACGGGCUGCCCGACAGCCGCCGCCAGCCCCGGACUCGCCUCCAAAGCCCCGCCCCAACAGGAAACAUGUACCUAUCUUCUACGAGCCGCAGUUCCGUCAACCCAUCAAGCGGGGAGGCAGCAGCCAAAGCCACAGCAGCUCCACGGACGAGUCGGUCAUUCACUCCACGUCGUCCACGGGCGUGCCGGGCAUCCACUCGACCUCGUCGACGGACGUUUCUGCCAGUGUGACGGGUGCCUCGACCUCGUCCACGACGUCGAGUUUUGUAUCGCAGUUAUCGGAUAUCAAGAUUCAGUCGGCCAGCUCGAGUGCUGGGGAGGUGGGGCCACCACCGAGAUCCAAUCCGCUGUUUGCUCGUAACGACAGCGACGGAUUGGGGACGCUCGGCGACUUAUUGCGGCCGUACUUCCCCUCGCCGUCAGCUGGACUUCAGCCGAUUUUUACGCUGGGCGGCACUCAAUCUACGGGGACGGCGUCAGCGGCGGGGCUGCUGGGGGACCAACCAGGCUUGUCCUCGGCCCUACACCAGCUGACGUCUUCUUCUGCGUCCUAUCGCACUGCUUUGGACGCGUUGUCGAGUGCAGCGCGUGCACCAGCUAACUCUUCUCCGGUCGAUGGAUCUACUACGGAUACUAGUGCGCAUACCUCCUCGGUCACCACGACGGCUUCAGCACCGACUUCGGACACGACUCACAAUGGGGCCUCUGGAGGUUUGGAAACCUACCGGUUUGACCCACUUGCUGCAUUACAGACUGCUAUCAAUCAUGCACGGCGAGCGUCAACAUCAUCGGACGGAAGUAAGAAGCAGCAAGAGCCCCGCGAAAUUGGCAGUCCUAACAGCAACGCUCGAUUUUACCGGCUGGAACCCAACGGAAGUGCAGCGUCGGCGACUGCGACUGCGACAAGUCUAGGCCCUCCGCCUGAACUGCCUCCAGCAUUUACUCUCCAGAACUCGCUUAUGGGAGGUGGAAUUCAAGGACUGUCUUCCUUCAAGCCUCUUGGUGAUCGUGACGCCAGCAAAGACGACAAGAGCUCCGACGACAAUAGGGGCAAGAAUGCGGUAGCCAUGCUUGGCCCACCGCCCGAUGCGCCACCCUCGUUCCUGCUCCAGAAUUCGCUCACGGGUGGCGGCAUUUCGAUGCUCAAUCUACCGAAGUCACACCCGACCCUCGACAAACUGGGCUUGUUGACGCGUUUAAUCAGCCAGGCGAAUGAGACCGCGAAAGAUUUGACCACGGCGCCGUCAUCUCCACCAAAGACAAACCUCAGUCUGGACAGGCUGGUUUCACUGACGAGCGUUGCGAGCGAGGAUGGAGAAACAACCAAAGACACCAAUACUGCGUCCACUUCUACUGAGGACAACAGCGGGGCCGUCGACUUAGGCCCACCACCUAGUGGCCCUCCAGCUUUUACGAUCGGGAACUCGCUCAUGGGAGGGGGCAUCGACCUACAGCCUGCAGCCACGAACGUCAACACGCACAAUUUCGACUGGAAGUUACACAGGUCGGCGUCAACCAACGGCGGUAAUGUACUUUCCAGCCCAAGUGCGACCAGGGGACUCAGCCAUAGCUUACGGGAACGGCUGGAGCGGACGCUGGCGUCGACGCAAAAUGGCUCGGACAAAUCCUAG